AAUCGGAAUAAAUUGCAUCAUCUCCGUUCAUUUGAUCUUGUGCUGUGCAGGAUUGACUAGACAUGGAGACCAAACCGGUCAGCAAAAUCGACGGCCCAGAUUUCCCCCCGGAACUGUCGUACCAAUCUGGGUUCGGCAACCACUUGGUGUCGGAGGCGAUCCCCGGAGCUCUGCCGGAGGGUCAGAACAGCCCGCUCACUUGCCCCUACGGCCUCUACGCCGAGCAGAUAUCCGGCACCUCCUUUACCUCGCCCCGCAAGCUCAACCUCCGCAGUUGGCUCUAUCGAAUCAAACCAUCAGUUACGCAUGAACCAUUUAAACCUCGCGUCCCGGGGCAUGGGAAGCUCGUGAGCGAAUUUAAUGAGUCCAACAGUUCAACCACACCAACUCAACUACGAUGGAAGCCUGCAGAUAUUCCCCACUUACCAACAGAUUUUAUUGAUGGGUUAUAUACUGUAUGUGGGGCUGGCAGUUCACUCCUACGCCAUGGAUUUGCAGUUCACAUGUACAUGGCCAAUAAAUCGAUGGAUAACUGUGCCCUUUGCAAUGCUGAUGGUGACUUCUUGAUAGUCCCCCAAGAAGGAAGGCUAUGGAUCACUACCGAAUGUGGGAGAUUGCAAGUUUCCCCUGGUGAAAUUGCCGUUUUACCUCAAGGAUUUCGUUUUUCUGUUAAUGUACCUGAUGGCCCAACACGUGGUUAUGUUGCUGAGGUUUUUGGAACCCAUUUUCAACUUCCCGAUCUUGGGCCCAUAGGUGCUAAUGGUCUGGCUGCUCCAAGGGAUUUUCUAGCUCCUGUGGCCUGGUUUGAAGAGAGUUCUUGCCCAGGCUACACUAUUGUACAGAAGUUUGGUGGUGAACUUUUUACUGCAAGACAAGAUUUUUCUCCCUUCAAUGUAGCUGCCUGGCAUGGUAACUACUUUCCAUAUAAGUAUGAUCUAAGUAAGUUCUGCCCUUGCAAUACUGUUUUAAUUGAUCAUGGUGAUCCAUCAAUAAAUACAGUAUUGACAGCACCAUCUGACAAACCCGGUGUGGCACUUAUUGAUUUUGUCAUUUUCCCUCCUCGAUGGGUGGUUGCUGAGCAUACCUUCCGGCCUCCGUAUUACCAUCGCAAUUGUAUGAGUGAAUUCAUGGGCCUCAUUCAUGGUGGAUAUGAGGCUAAAGCUGAUGGGUUUCUCCCAGGUGGUGCAAGCCUUCAUAGCUGCAUGGCCCCCCAUGGUCCUGAUACCAAGUCAUAUGAGGCAACCAUUGCACGUGGAAAUGAGGCAGGGCCUUACAGAAUAACCGAUACCAUGGCUUUUAUGUUUGAAUCGUAUUUAAUCCCCCGCAUCUGCCCAUGGGCUCUCGAGUCCCCCUUCAUGGAUCAUGAUUAUUACCAGUGUUGGAUUGGACUCAAAUCCCAUUUUAAACGGGAAGGGACGCAUGACAAAGACAUGAAUAUGCUGCGGAAUGGACAUGAUUGAGACCACAAAAAAAAAAAAAAACAGAGAGAGACCCAAUUUGCAGCCCAUCCUGGGUGAAUGUGCAUAAUGGACAUUAUUAUCAACCUAGCAGCAAAUGUACAACCAUCCCGUCUGGAAUGUACUUAUAUAGCUCAAUAAAAGCAUUAUAGAAACUGUGAAGGACUUAGUGCAUAUACGUAUAGAACUCGUUAUUGUCUUAUGGUUCUGUCUCAUCGUUGUAUAUAUAUAAUCACACGAUUGUCCGAAACAUUUAUGAAUUGGCAUAUACUUAGAAUUAUUGUUA